GGCUUGGGAUGGGCAUGACUGCCCCUGUCUCCAUCACUGUACAGCAGAAGGUGAAGGUCUCUCUGCGGAUCCCGAGCCAGUUUCAAGCCAACCCUCCUUGUCCUAGUGAUGAAAGCAUCAAGAUUGAAGAGAGGCCAGGGAUGACUGUUUAUUCCACGCAGUUUGGGGGCUAUGCUAAGGAGGUGGAUUAUGUGAACCAUGCUGCCAGGCUGAGGUCUGCUCUGGGGAGUGAAGCUGCCUACCACAGGGACUUCUACCUCUGCAACGGGUACGACCCCCCCAUGAAGCCCUACGGGCGGCGCAACGAGGUCUGGUUUGUGAAGGAGUGA